AUGUCGCUGAAGCCAGUCCACAUCGCCCAGGGGCCGUUCUUCUAUCCCGUCGGCAACACUCCAGCUGUGUGCUUGACGCAAGCCCUACCACCCGAACAAAAUGCCGCCCUGCUCCUUCUCGGCUGUGGAGAUAUCCGCAACAUCCUCUUCACUACCUACAGUGGAGCCGGGGCUGACGACCGAAAGCUCGAUUUCACAUGUUGCGACCUUGAGGCGGAGAUCAUUGCGCGCAAUGUACUAGCACUGACACUCAUCCUUGACGACGCGGAAGGUGCCCUUGUCCGACAGCUAUGGAACCUCUACUAUCAUGUCUUCAUUGACGACGAAUCUGCCAGUCUUCUGCGAUCUCAGUCAAAGAAACUCUUGGAACUUGCACAUUCCUUGGAGAGUUGGAAUGAAGGUCCGUACGGUACGAUCAUCCGAUUUUGCGACAGCAUCACACUAGAGAAUGCGACUAAGCUUUGGGCGCUGUAUGCGUUGGAACCCGAGAAAGACGACACGUACAAGGAGACGCAAGAUAUUCUCAAAGGUCAAUGGCAGGCUGCCAAGCAACUACAGACAGGAAAGGCUGGUAUGGGGUUCGUGGGAGACGGCAUUCGCGCAUUCGCCCCGCUCAUGAUUCAAGGCCUUGCGGAUGCCGGCAAAGCCUAUCAGACAUAUUGGAAGAGUGGUACAUGUCUCGAGGACAACAAGACCAUCAAGAAACUCUCGAUCGCCAAUCCCAUGUUCGUUUGCCAUCGUAGUGGCCUUGUUCUUCACUACGGUACCAGUCCGCUCACUGGUUUUCACCUUGCGCCUACGCAUGCUCGACUCUCCGUAGACUCGCCCUUAUUCGUACCGAGCGAGACCACAAAGGGGAAGGUGCCAAAGUUCAUGCAGGUGGCGCUCGAUCAGCUAUCUGCCUGGUGCAUCGCGUUCAGGAAAGCAUCCACGCGUAUCACCAUUCGCUAUGUCAACUCUGACGCUGUCGGGUUCUGUCACGUUCUCCAACAUCAACAUGUACACGGCGAGUCGCGCACGGCUCAUUGGUAUCGCAACAUGUGGACGUACACCCCACUGGUCCUGGACGCCGCUGAAUACGAAAAAGGCGGAUCUGCACCGACGGCUUUCGAUGUCAUUGACACUUCCAAUUUGCUCGACCAUGUGGGCUGUCUCAACAUUCUUGCUGCAACCGCGUCAUUGAUUCGCCAAAAUGCGUCGUCCAUCCUCCGGACGGAGAUGCUAAUACCAUCCGAAAUCGACGUGGCAGCUUCAGCCAAAGCCCUACUAUGUGGACAUCUUCCGAUGGUGGCUCUACUACUCGGUCUGAAACCCGUUCAACACUGGACGAAUGCGACUUCCGUUUGGUAUUGGAACCCUUCCAAUUUCCCUGAUCUCGACAAGAUGGACAUGCUCACUGCAGCAGCGUCUCGGCCAAUCGUGCUUUGGAAGCCGUUCAAUACUUCCAACGUCCGUUACGAUGCGGCUGAGCUAGCUAGACUGCUUCUGUCUAUCUAUCUGAAAAUGUUCCAGGAUGAAGGAUGGGCUAAUCGCUUCUCUAUGCUAGGCUUAGGCAACGCCGAGCUGAUGCAGAAGAAGCUUACUGCGUAUGAACUCUAUACCCGAGCAGGUUUCGUGUCACUGCUCCAGCAUAUCAAGGUGUCCAACGUCGUUGACUGGUCCCCCUUUAUGCAAACUCUGGUCGUGAUAGGCAUCAUGAACGACAGAACCUUGAACAUGGGUCCACAUAACUUUCAGUCUCUCCUCGUGCACCUUGACAUGCUCGGGGUGUGGAAGAUAGAAGAUCAUUUCGAUUGGUGGCAUCCGCGAACCUUCGAACUAGGCGGCCCAUUCUGCAAAUGGGAGGACAUCCCGACACUCAUGUGCGUUACGCUUGUCGUUCCCUACGCUAAGGUUUCGAUGUUCGGCGACCUCGCCAACGGCCAUGGUACUCCCUUAUGCCAACUCCAGCUCAGUUCGUCAGUCAGUCAGAAGGAGGCUCUCUACACGGAUAUACAGAUGGGUUUCGGAUCGAUCGAGACUUCUGGAACCGCGUUCACGAAUGACUAUGGAGUAACGGUCCGAGAAGAUGGUAAAGGCUGGAAGGGCAAGUCGCCAUUGAUCGUGUCCGCUAUGGUCUCCACCUGUACCCUCACCGAAUACAAGGACGAUGCUUGUGGCGUCGUCUUCGGACUUAAGAGCACUCCAGCAGCUCAGCAGCAGUUUACAUCCAUAUUUGGCAUGAUGUUGCACGUGCAUCGAUCUGCGGUUGGUCAGAAAGAUGUCUUUGUGACGCGAUACCGCCCAGGCUUCCAAGGUUUCGUUUCCGUGAACGAGGUUGCCACGUCCAAGCCGACUCAUGUGUCCGACGUCAUCGCUACCAUACAUCCGCUCAUCAGUAGCAGCAGGAGCGAAGUCGAAUCACUGCGAGUCCACUACGCUGUUGAUUCAGGGAAGGCAAAAGAGCUUCUGCAGAGUGGAGCCGUCGUCUCGUUCGAGCUUACGACGGCAUUCACACUACGGCUCUUCAUUGGGAAGACGUAUCGAAUGGAUGUAACACUUCCUUUCCCACCGAACGCGGCCAGCGCCAAGACCAAGAUCGCCCGCAAAUCGCUUUGGAUAGAGUACACGGCUGCCGUGCAGAGUGAAGCAGCAAUGUUCCGGCGCCCAGACACCAUGAUACCUGUCCAUCUUAAUGAGUAG